GGCCGUGUUAUCCGCACCGAAGCAGCUCCCGGUGAGACUGUUGCUUAGUCAUAGCCCAACAAGCUCAGCAAAAAAGCCAUGGAGACUCUCAUCCCCAAGCUAUAAUAAUAUACACCACGACGGACUGAUAGAGACGGAGGGAAGGGUUUUUUUUCUUCCCUAUUAUCAUCCUCAACCAGGAUCCUUGUCAAGUCCAUCCCCGAGAAUGGCUGCUCCUCGACUUUUCCGGCCGGCGGCUCGUCUGCUUUCUCCCCGGAUUUCUUCGGCGUCUCUGCACCCUGCGUUCCAGCGAUCUGCCUGCAGCCCCUCAAUUCUGCGCCUUCGGACAUAUGCGACGGAGAGUUCUACCAAGGAAGUCACUGUCCGAGAUGCUUUGAACGAGGCCAUGUCGGAGGAGAUGGAAAGCAAUCCAAAGGUAUUCCUUCUGGGCGAGGAAGUCGCACAGUAUAAUGGAGCAUACAAAGUGUCAAGAGGUCUUUUGGAUCGAUUCGGACCUAAAAGGGUUAUCGAUACUCCUAUUACAGAAGCUGGUUUCUGUGGGUUGGCUGUCGGAGCUGCUCUUGCCGGUUUGCACCCAAUUUGCGAGUUCAUGACCUUCAAUUUUGCCAUGCAGGCAAUUGAUCAGAUCAUUAACUCCGCUGCCAAGACGCAUUACAUGUCUGGAGGUAUCCAGCCUUGCAACGUUACUUUCCGUGGGCCAAAUGGAUUUGCUGCUGGUGUCGGCGCCCAGCACUCACAAGACUAUGCUGCAUGGUACGGCAGCAUUCCUGGACUGAAGGUCCUCGUCCCCUGGAGCUCUGAGGAUGCCAAGGGUCUGUUAAAAGCUGCUAUUCGCGACCCUAACCCAGUCGUGUUUUUGGAGAAUGAACUCCUCUAUGGCCAGGCCUUCCCGAUGAGCGAAGCAGCGCAGAAAAAUGACUUCGUCUUGCCAAUUGGCAAAGCUAAGAUUGAGCGUCCCGGCAAGGAUCUCACGAUCGUCACUCUCUCGCGGAACGUUGGGCUCUCUCUCAACGCGGCCGCCGAGCUCAAACAAAAGUACGGCGUCGAGGCCGAGGUGAUCAAUCUCAGAUCCAUCAAGCCGCUUGACGUGGAAACCAUAAUCAAAUCGCUUAAGAAGACCGGCCGUCUGAUGUCUGUUGAGUCUGGAUUCCCUCUGUUCGGUGUCGGAUCGGAGAUACUCGCAUUGGCCAUGGAAUACGGCUUUGAUUAUUUGACUGCCCCUGCUGUCCGUGUCACCGGUGCUGAUGUGCCCACUCCUUACUCUGCUGGUCUCGAGAGGAUGAGCUUCCCUCAGGAGGAUACCAUCGUCAGCCAGGCCGCCAAGUUGUUGCGGCUAUAGAUCCAGUGCGAGUAUGAGCGAUGAAUUGAUUGGAAGGCUGGGAAAGACUGUAUUAAAUGUAACGUGUUUCUAGUACUAUUUGUCUUUUUCUUAACUUUUCCCUCCUAGAUAAUUAUUGGAAUCGAAGCAUAUUGGAG